CAGCCUGUCCUCUUAAAGAGACACGCACAUGGUGGUGGCUUGUAAGAAACGGGAAUCUUCGCGGGUCUUUAAAGAAUGACUGACCGUGGAUCUGUGCCCCCUCCCUCCCUCGUCCGACCUUCAGACCACCCCUACCCCAUGGAAGCGAGUUCCUAGUGCUCGGUGACGAUUGGCCAGCUUUUUCCUGCUUCAAAUCGUGCCCUGCCGUAGCCGGCGCGUGCCAGUGGAGCCGUUGGAGCUUGGUUUCCCUGUCGCCCCCCUCCCUUCCCUGGCUGUUGGAGCCGAGCAUCAUGUCGGAUAAGCGGGUCUCCCGCUGGUACUUCGGCGGGCUGGCUUCAUGCGGAGCCGCGUGCUGUACCCAUCCUCUGGACCUGCUCAAGGUUCACCUGCAGACGCAGCAGGAGGUGAAGAAGAGGAUGAUGGGGAUGGCCAUUCAAGUGGUUAAGAACGACGGUGUGCUGGCUCUUUACAGUGGCCUCUCUGCCUCCCUCUGCAGGCAGAUGUCCUAUUCGCUCACCAGGUUUGCCAUCUAUGAGUCUGUGAGGGACCUGAUGGGUACAAAGAGCCACGGCCCCAUGCCCUUCUACCAGAAGGUGCUGCUGGGAGCCUUCGGAGGGUUCACGGGGGGGUUCAUUGGCACCCCAGCAGACAUGGUCAAUGUGAGAAUGCAGAAUGACAUGAAACUCCCCCCGCAGCACAGGAGGAACUACAAGCAUGCCCUAGAUGGCCUCUUCAGGGUCUUCAGGGAGGAGGGCAUCAGGAGGCUAUUCUCCGGAGCCUCCAUGGCUUCCAGCAGGGGGGCGAUGGUAACUGUGGGACAGCUGGCAUGUUACGACCAGGCCAAGCAACUGGUGUUGGGAACAGGAGUGAUGGGAGACAACAUCCUCACACACUUCUUGUCCAGCUUCAUUGCUGGGGGCUGUGCCACCUUCCUGUGUCAACCCCUGGAUGUGCUGAAGACGAGGCUGAUGAACUCCAAAGGGGAGUACACUGGCGUUCUACAUUGCUUUAAGGAGACGGCCAGGCUUGGUCCUCUGGCCUUCUACAAGGGUCUUGUUCCCGCUGGGAUCCGCUUGAUUCCUCACACUGUGCUCACCUUCAUUUUCCUUGAGCAACUCAAGAAAUACUUUGGCAUUCUUGUCGUCUCCUGAGCGACGCUGAUGCAAAAGGCAGUCGUUUAAAGAACAUACGGGAGAAGGAAAGGGGGCAUUGUUCUUCAUCUUCUACCUCGCUUCCUGAGGAAUCCCUCCCCUCUAGCUGCAAUGAUAACAGAAAAACUAAUCUUUGAAACUCUGCUGUGACCCUUUUGCAGCACUUUAAACCUAGACGAGCACUGGAGUGUCAUCGAUUCAGGUUCAAGCUGCAGUCCUCCUUUUUUAACAACCAAUUCUGUUUUGACCAAACCUGUCCUCAUGUUCACUCACCUGAUUUGUUCAGAACUGGAACUGAACUAGUUGGUUAACUAGUCUUCAACCUCCAGCUUCUUCUGUCAUUCCAGUGGGAAGAGUCUACAGGAGAACAGGACCAAACUCCUGCUUUCUUGGUUCUUCAGCAGAAACGGUUCUAGAUCAACGUCCUGAUCAUGCAGAGCUGGACUCUGGGUGCAGUCUGACCUUGGACUCUGCAGAUCUGCAUUCUUUUCCAGCAUCUGCUUAAAUCCUCCUGCUCUGGUCAUGCUGCCUUACUCUUUGUGUCCUGCAGGGGCAGUGUAAUCCCUGUCACUAAUCUCUAAUCCAGUAAUUUCCACGGUAACUCCCAAAUAGAAUAAAAAAUUGUAAAACUCGAAGGUAGCUUUAAAUGUGAUAUUUUGAAUGUUUGUCAUAACUUUAUUUUAUGAGAAACUGGAGAUUAAAGUGAAGUAAAUCAGUUGAUCUUUGUAAUAAAUCACUAAUUGAAAAAAGA